UCUACUGAAGAAGCUACUCUGUUCGUUUGGCUACAACGGGGUAUUCCAGCACUUUUGUCGAUCGAUUGGGGAGAUGGCUCUCCAACGGAAGAAGUAGAUAGAAAUUCAACUAGCCCUGACGUGCCAGACAAUAUUACACACUUAUUUAUUGCCUCUGGCAACAUGACAGUAAAGGUAAACGCAAGUAAUCUGUGGAACUGGGAAGUAUUUGAAUUGGAGAUCACAGUUUACAACCCGGUUGAUUUAGAUGCAUAUGAAAUUACUACAAAUAGUCCGCAACCAAAUGGAUUAGGAGAUGUUAAAGGCGUUAUUACGAUCGUUACAUCAUACACUAACGGUGCUGUAAAGCCAGCAACUUUCGCUGACGUCACAAUAACCGGUGGCUAUGCAUUUGAUGAGGUCCUUAAAGACAAGAUAUAUGACAUCACAUCUGUUGGCGACUCCUGUACUUUAAAAAUCGAAUUCACGUACCCUGGUGUAUACCUCCUCACUUUAAAGUUCGAGAAUCCCAUCAAUAGUGAGGAAUAUGAAGUCGAGGUUGAGAUCCUGGAUAUUAUCUAUGGUUUUGAGGUUAUACCGCGACAUAUACCGGUCGAAGAACAAUACAGAUCGCCAGAAGAUGGCACUUUUAUUGCUGGCGUUUGGUAUAUGCCAAUUGAAGUACCGGUUUUAUUCACAGCAACGGUAGAACAAGGUAGCAUUGUGUUAUGGCCUGUCCAGACUAUCAAAUUUUUUUUGACAAAAUGUGACAUGAAAAUAUGGUCAUAAUGCCACCACAUCAUGUAUAGGCAUCGUGACUGUAUAUGUGCAUACAGCAGUCCGUUUUUGUCAAAGCAAAUGUGAUAAUCUGAUCAUAACCACGCACACACCGUUUACGCAGAUAUUAGGUUAAGUACUCAAACAUCUGUCGAAAUAAUUCUAUUUUUCAUUAUUGAGCUUAAAUCAACACCUUAUUUGGGAAAAAGAUGUUUUUUUAUUUGUAUUAUAAUUAUAUAACACUCUCACAGUAAAAGUUACUGUAACCAGCAUUAAGAUGAGGCGGACAAUAUGUUAAAUUUAACCACAACAUUUUGUUCACAU